ACUGAGGGCAAGCUCCCAAAGUACCAUUUUAUGAUGUCAUCAAUGAGCGACUCAGCCCCACAUGGCAGCCUGUUGAAGUUUGACGGCCCUCGCUAAGGGUCAGCAUGGCCAGGCAGUGGUGUGACGGCCACUCCACAUCCAUCCUGUGUGUUGGGGUGUCCCCGGGCCCCGAGGGUCUCCUCGCCUCAGGCUCUGAAGGUGGAGAGGUCGCUGUUUGGAACCAAGAAGGAACCAUCGUAGGUCGUCUCACCCUCUCCGGUGAAGACGACAGCACGAGUGUUGCGUUCUCACCUGCAGCUCCGGGCCUGCUGUAUGUGUCGCACGGAGACACGGUGAGUGUGCUCGACCCCCGAAACCUGAAGGGCACCGUGGAGGAGUUUCAGGGUGCAGGGGAGGAGGAGAUCAAUGCUUUGGCGUUGAACGAGACAGGUUCAGCUCUGGCAGUGGCUGACGACUCCGGGGUGGUCCGGGUGCUGGAGCUUCCUGGGGGGAAAGUGUGCAGGACUCUCCGCAGACACACUAACAUCUGCUCCUCUGUGGCUUUUCGGCCUCACAGGCCCAACAACCUGCUGUCUGCUGGACUGGACAUGCAGGUGAUGCUGUGGGGUCUGCAGAAGACUCGUCCUCUUUGGACCCUCAACCUCCAGGAUGUAGCUGAGGAAGAAGACGACCACCAGCAGCGUCCUGGUCAGCUUUUCAACCCUCCACUGGCUCACUGUGUCUCGGUGGCGAGUUGUGGGAACAUUUUGGGCUGUGCAGCGGAGGACGGGCGGGUACAUCUGAUGCGGAUUGGCAGCGGCUCCAAACUGGAACAGCAGGGAGCAGUCAAGGCACACAGCCAGGGAGCCUCACAAGCUCACUUUGUCAAUUUCCUUUCCCACCCGUACUGGCUCACCACCGGGGGGAACGACGGCCAGGUGGCCCUGUGGGACAUCAGUAAGCACCCAGUGGUGACUCCAGAGGGAAAGGCCAAAACUAAAGGGACGGUGGCUCCACGCAGGAAGGGGAAGAGCAAGGCAAAGAGAAAAGAACAAUCUCAGGAUAAAGCAAAGACGCCACUGAAGGCUGAAGCAGAGAAAGAAGAGGCUGAGGGCGAGGAGGAGGAGGCGGCAGCGGCUGCUGCAGCAUGUGCAGAGGAGGUGACGGAGGAGAAACCUGGGCCCAAACUGAGCAUCAGUCAUGGGGACAAAGUGAACUGGCUGUGCCCUGCUGUGCUGAAAGGAGAGCCCAGUCUGGUGGUCGCAGAUCAGAGCUCAAAUCUGACAGUUUAUCCUCUGUCUCAACUAUAGAUUAAUGCACUUUAUUUGUUUUGGUCAUAGCAACACACUGUUGUUAGUUUACAAGUGUUUUUGUGGGUAUACACUCCUGCGUUUGUUGUUGUUAGAAACUGACGGCAUCAUUUUUGUGUUGGUCCUUCUCUCGCUUUCCUUUUUAUUAAAGCCUGAACUGUGGGCAGAAGCCAAACAUCACUGGAGUUCCAGAAAGCGCUGAACAUUGCAAAGCUAAAUCUGGAAACAGCACGCACACAUUAAAAAGAGUUUGAGGUUUCAUGCGACUUUUACAGAAUAAAUGUGGUUCUUUUACAGGUUUUAUUUUAUGUAAGCUUUACUCAGUGGAUUUGUUUUGGUGGGUGGUUUAUGUGUGUGUGUAUGUGUGUGUGUGUGGUCCUGUAAAAGUGUCAUCUGUUUUGCUGCCUGACACGGGAUUCAUUAUAUUUUUGUAAACAAGAAAUGCAUUCUUGUGGACUGUAAAAAUACCACAUCAAACAACAGAAAUGAGCUUUUCAUGUUUAAAUGAGUCUGCAGUGCUUUUAUAGAAUAAACACUUUCAAUUCAAACCAGGUGUCAGACAGAAAAACAAAGCUAACUGAACAAUGUUCCCAAGAUGUCACAUUUCAAACAUAUUGCUCUUUAUCAGACUGUUGACGUUGUCCUUGUCCUUAAGGGAACAGUGGUGUUUUUUUUUGUUUUUUUUCUUAAAUAGAUAUAAAGCAGCAACAGCCAGCCAACAAUCUUGUAAUUAUGUGAUUGUGCGAUAUUUUCUUUCUGUAUGUGUUGAUUAAAACCUGUUUGCUGCUUACGAAUGAACGUAA